GGUCCGGAGGGUCAGUCUCCCGGCCAGCGGGUCCUGCCGCGGGAGAGCUGACCCCGCUGCGGCCAGGCGCGCGGGCCGGGUGGGCUGAGCGUGCGGAACGCCGACGGACCCAGCCGGCUCGCGCGGCUCCCAGCCACUCCGCGCCCCUCCGAGCCGCACUUCCUCGGCAGCUCCGCCGCCCGCCCGGACGCGCCGCGCGCAGCCUCCGCCGAGCCGGGUUCCAGCCGGAAGGAGCAGCCUCCUCCCCUUAGGAUGUCCUCGCCCUCCAGCCCGCCCGCUUUCAGGCUCGAGACGUCAGAUGGAGGCCAAGAAGAUGGUGCCCAGGUGGACAAAGGAAAACUGGGCGGUGGUGCCGGGCCACCCCCCAUGGAGUCACCAUUCCAGGGCGAGGACCGGAACUUCUCGCCUCAGAUCAAAGUGAACCUCAACUUCCGAAAGGGGGCAGGUGCCAGCCAACCAGACCCAAACCGCUUCGACCGUGACCGGCUCUUCAGCGUGGUGGCCCGGGGGGUCCCCGAGGAUCUGGUGGGGCUACCAGAGUACCUGCGCCGGACCAGCAAGUACCUCACGGACUCGGAGUACACAGAGGGCUCCACGGGGAAGACAUGCCUGAUGAAGGCCGUGCUGAACCUUCGGGACGGGACCAACGCCUGCAUUGAGCCGCUGCUGCAGAUUGACCGGGACUCGGGCAAUCCUCGGCCUCUGGUCAACGCCCAGUGCACAGAUGAGUACUACCGAGGCCACAGCGCCCUGCACAUCGCCAUCGAGAAGAGGAGCCUGCCGUGUGUGAAGCUCCUGGUGGAGAAUGGGGCUGACGUGCAUGCCCGGGCCUGUGGCCAGUUCUUCCAGAAGAAAAGCCAAGAGACCUGCUUCUACUUUGGUGAGAUGCCCCUCUCCCUGGCCGCGUGCACCAAGCAGUGGGACGUGGUGACCUACCUCCUGGAGAACCCGCACCAGCCCGCCAGCCUGCAGGCCGCCGACUCGCUGGGCAACACGGCCCUGCACGCCUUGGUGAUGAUCGCAGACGACUCGGCCGAGAACACGGAGAUGGUGACCCGCAUGUACGAUGGGCUGCUCCAGGCAGGGGCCCGCCUCUGCCCCACGGUGCAGCUCGAGGACAUUCCCAACCUGCAGGGCCUCACGCCCCUGAAGCUGGCUGCCAAGGAGGGCAAAAUUGAGAUUCUCAGACACAUCCUGCAGCGGGAGUUCCUGGGGCCGUGCCAGUCCCUUUCCCGCAAGUUCACGGAGUGGUCCUACGGGCCUGUGCGGGUGUCGCUGUAUGACCUGGCCUCUGUGGACAGCUGGGAGGAGAACUCAGUGCUGGAGAUCAUCGCCUUUCAUUGCCAAAGCCCGCACCGGCACCGAAUGGUGGUUUUGGAGCCACUGAACAAACUGCUGCAGGCGAAGUGGAAUCUGCUCAUCCCCAGGUUCCUCUUCAACUUCCUGUGUUACUUGACCUACGUGUCCAUCUUCACCGCUGUCACCUACCACCAGCCUGCCCUGGACAAGGACUUCCUCCCGCUGGAAGGAACUGCUGGGAACUCCAUGCUGCUGCUGGGCCACAUCCUGAUGCUGCUCGUGGGGGCCAACAUCCUCAUGGGCCAGCUGUGGUACUUCUGGAGGCGCCGUCUGUUCAUCUGGAUCUCGUUCAUGGACAGCUACUUUGAAAUCCUCUUCCUGGUCCAGGCGCUGCUCACCGUGCUGUCCCAGGUGCUGUGCUUCCUGGCCAUCGAGUGGUACCUGCCCCUGCUCGUGUGCUCCCUGGCGCUGGGCUGGAUGAACUUGCUGUACUACACGCGCGGCCUGCAGCACACGGGCAUCUACAGUGUCAUGAUCCAGAAGGUCAUCCUGCGGGACCUGCUCCGCUUCCUCCUGGUCUACUUGGUCUUCCUUUUCGGCUUCGCUGUAGCACUGGUGAGCCUGAGCCGGGAGGCCCAGGACCCCGGGGCCCCUGCGGGCUCCAACACCACGGAGGUGGCGGGAAAGGGGGACGCGGAGGGCAGCACGGCCCCGUACGAGGGCGUCCUGGACGCCUCCUUGGAGCUGUUCAAGUUCACCAUUGGCAUGGGCGAGCUGGCCGUCCAGGCCCAGCUGCGCUUCCGUGGGGUGGCGCUGCUGCUGCUUCUGACCCACGUGCUGCUCACCUACGUCCUGCUGCUCAACAUGCUCGUCGCCCUCAUGAGCGAGACCGUCAGCAGCGUCGCCAGCGACAGCUGGAGCAUCUGGAAGCUGCAGAAAGCCAUCUCUGUCCUGGAGAUGGAGAACGGCUACUGGUGGUGCAGGAGGAAGAAGCAGCGGGCAGGGGUGAAACUGACAGUUGGCACCAGGCCGGACGGUCGCCCCGACGAGCGCUGGUGCUUCAGGGUAGAGGAGGUGAACUGGGCUGCGUGGGAGCAGACGCUGCCCACGGUGCGUGAGGAGCCCUCAGGGCCAGGCGGCCCUGGCGCCCUGAAGAACCCAGCCCUGGCCUCCCAAUCCAGCCAGGACAGUGCUGUGGAGGAAGACCAUGUGCCCCUCCAGCUCCUUGAGUCCCACUGAUGCAGCAGGGGGCCGGGAGGACAGAGCACGGAAUGUUUCCAGCCCCACCUACUGGCUCUGGGACCUCAAGGGACUUUGGUGGCAAAAAUAAAUAAUUUCUUGUGGCUAACUCUCCUGGAAACAUUAGUUGAGUAAAGGUACUGGGCCCCAGGACUUCCCUGGUGGCGCAGUGGUUAAUAAUCCGCCUGCCAAGGCAGGGGACACGGGUUCGAGCCCUGGUCCGGGAAGACCCCCACAUGCCGCGGA